AUGGAUAUCUCCGCUCUGUUUCGUGCCUCUGUUCCUCCUAGCUUUCUCCCUCUUCAAUCAGCUCCAUCUUCAAGGAGUAAUUAUAUUACUGAGAGAGAUAACAGCAUUGCAAUUGAAGGUAGGAAUCUGAACUUCUCUGUCAAAACAAGUCAAGGGAAUUUAGUUCCCAUCCUUAAGGACUGUUCUCUUAGUAUUCCAUCUGGGCAGCUUUGGAUGCUUCUUGGACCUAAUGGGUGUGGAAAAUCUACCCUUUUGAAGAUUCUGGCUGGUCUUUUGAAGCCAACUAGUGGAACCAUGUCUGUCAAAAGGCCUAAGAGCUUUGUUUUUCAGAAUCCAGACCAUCAGGUUGUGAUGCCUACAGUUGAAGCUGAUGUAUCAUUUGGCCUUGGGAAGUUGAACCUCACUGAGGAUCAAGUUAGGCACACAGUGUCAAAAGCUUUGGAUGCUGUGGGAAUGUCUGCCUACAUGCAACGGCCAGUUCAGACUCUCAGUGGCGGUCAGAAACAAAGGGUUGCAAUUGCUGGGGCUCUAGCUGAAGCAUGUAAAGUGCUCUUAUUGGAUGAGCUAACAACAUUCUUAGACGAAACUGAUCAGGUUGGCGUGGUCAAAGCCGUCAAGAACUCCUUGAAUGCAUCUGAUGAUGUUACAGCUCUAUGGGUAACCCAUAGGUUGGAAGAACUUGAAUAUGCAGAUGGUGCUUUGUACAUGGAAAAUGGGAAGGUUGUGAAGCAGGGUGAUGGAUCAAGCAUGAUGAAUUUUAUCAAAGCCAAACAAUCAUCUUACAUCAGCCAAAUUAAUUCUUGA